GCAGACUUCGCCAUGAAAUCCGAGGACGGCGAGACCCAAGUACUCAGCCCAUGGUCUUCCUCGCCACGGGGACCCGCGGCGGCUCCGUCUGCCACGACUUCGGCGUCGCAGUCUACGUGGCGUCGCUGGGUGCGGCUGCUCGCCUCGUUUCGGCCGCGCACCCACGAGCCCACCACUAUGACGGUCACCAUGCCGGCCACGGUGGCCGCCAUCAUGGACAACUCGUCCGUGCAGCGCAUCACGCUGAUGCUGGGCUCCAGCCUCAUGUGGACCAUGCUGGCGGUGCUGGGCCGGCGCAGGCACUCGGUGGAGCACACGGCCCGCCUUCUCUUCUUCGUAAGCCUGGGCGCUUUCGUGGGCGUGCUCAGCUGCACGUUGCGUAUGACGCGCCCCCACGGAUCCAUCGCCGUCAACGCUUCCGUGGUCGUGCGCGGCUUCACCACCGCCUUCGCGUUCGCUGCCAGGUCGACAUGGGUGAGAUGAGCAUGGCCAGCCAGACGGCGUUCGCCUACGUCUUCUUCGUGUCCAAGGCGCGCGAGACGGACCAGGGACUGGCGAACAUGUACAAGUACGCCAUGGACGUGCUCAUGGCGUGCGCUCUCACGUGGACGUUCCUGCCCGAGGAUGUCGUGCCACGUUCCAGCUACGGAGCGGCCGUUUUCGUUCUUUGCGCCGUCGUGACGGCCGAGGUGCAGCGGCUGCACUACAUGCCCCGACCAGCGCCAGGCGCCGGAGUCCGCAUGCGCUUCUUCAUGUGAAACCCGCAGCUUCACCCCGAUUUCUCUCUGUAUUUUCAAGCAAUAAUUAUCAAUGUCGUCUCGUCUUUUAGCCUGUGUUAUCAUUGUGAAGCGAAUCUAAUAAUGAAAUACGCGCAUUUGGUAAAAUAAACGCAUGUGUGCCAU